ACACAAAAGGCUCGCCAACAAUGAUUACAUUAUUCACUGGUUAGAUUACAGGUAAAACUGUUGGACGUAAAGCAUCGCCUAACAAGAGUCCGCAUAAGCUACUCGAGUGAAUAUGCCACGCACUGGACUUUAGAUAGACUCACAUCGCAAGAUAUUUAAGGGUUACCUAAACGUGAGGCUGUUACAAAACUGGCAAGAUCGAAGGAAAUCCAAGUGCGACACACCCGGUACAUCUGUUUGUGCCCUGCUCUGGGGCCAAACCAGUGUUCUUGUUAUUUAUUUAUUUAUUUUUGUGAGCCGGGACUCCUCCCUUUUCUAUACAAACACAUUCACUUGCUGGAUUUAACCCGAUCCGCUUGCAAAGCGCCUGGAGCUACGAGCGACUGCUACCACCACCACCACCACCACCAUCACAGCUGCUGAGCGCAGGGGAGAACGUAAGCUGUGCACACACUCGCGGUCACUAGCGGAAUUGGGCGCGUCUGCUUCGCACUGAGAGCAGGUUUAUCAUUUUUGGAUAAAUAUCUCUAAUGAAAUAAUCUUGAUGUGCCUUUGUCUCCUGUGGAUGUUUUCAAUAACUACUGAAAAAAAAGACACACACUGGUACAGAGUGUGGUACCUGUGAUCUACAAUGCUGAAUAAGCUGAAAAAAGUGUCUGGGUGAUUAUGCAGACAUCCCAGCAUGAAUCUGGUGGACCUGUGGUUAACUCGCUCCCUCUCCAUGUGCCUGCUCUUUCAGAGUUUUGUCCUCAUGAUAUUAUGUUUUCAUUCUGCAAGUAUGUGCCCCAAGGGCUGCCUCUGUUCACAUCUGGGUGGGCUGAAUGUAAGCUGUAGCAAUGCCAACCUUAAGGAGAUCCCAAAGGACCUUCCACCCGAUACCACUUUACUCUACCUGGACUCAAAUCAGAUAACUUCCAUCCCCAAUGAAAUUUUUAAAGACCUUCAUCAGCUCAAAGUGCUUAACUUGUCCAAAAAUAUCAUUGAGUCUAUUGAUGAGCAUGCCUUCAAAGGAGUAGAAGAAUCCUUGCAAACCCUAGACCUUUCCGAUAAUCGGAUUAAAACUGUGCAUAAGAACACUUUCAACAACCUAAGAGCUAGAGCUCGGAUUGCCAACAACCCAUGGCACUGUGACUGCACCCUCCAGCAGGUUCUGAAAACGAUGGUCUCAAAUCAUGAAUCUGCCAACAGUGUAAUCUGCAAGACAUCAGUGUUGGAGGAGCACACGGGAAGGUCAUUCUUGAAAGCAGAUGCAGACCUCUGUAAUCUUCCAAAAAAGACCACCGAUUAUGCUAUGCUAGUCACCAUGUUUGGCUGGUUCACCAUGGUGAUCUCAUAUGUUGUAUACUAUGUACGACAGAAUCAGGAAGAUGCAAGGCGACAUCUGGAAUAUUUAAAAUCUCUUCCAAGUAAGCAAAGGAAACCUGAUGAAGCUGAUGAUAUAAGUACUGUUGUAUGACACUGUGCAACCCUUGCAUGGACUACCGAAAAGACUGGAAUAAUAACAUUUUAAAAAGCAGAACAAUGUUUAUAUCAUUAAGAAGAAAAGAUUAUUAAGUAAAAUAUUAGAGAUUUUGGAAACAAAAAUUUUUGUUUUAGAAAUGAAUACAUUUUCUGUAGAAGUGUUUAAAUUUCAAGGAAAGGAAGACUGCAAAAGUCAUUACUUGAUAUAGAAUGAUAAUGAUAGAUGGAUAACUUGACGCAUAAGGUUAUGGCAUACGUCGUGCUAUCCGGUCCAAAACAAAAAAAAAUGUACGCUUGUGGGCAAGAAACAGAGAAACUACUGUGCAAUAUAGUUUUUAUAACAAGAUGAAAUAAAUUUCAGCGUGGGGUAAAGUGGGGUAAAGUGUCAAUUCUAAAAAUUUAAUACCGAUUUCAUUUUUCAAGUCCAAGGACCAAUUCUUUAUUUUCAUAAUAAUUGUACUUAUUGUUCUAACUAAACAUUACCUUCACAGUUUAAAACUCGAUUAAAGGAUGUUAUGGUGUCUAAAGGCUCAAGUUCAUUUACAAAUACUGGGGCCCAAAUGGUGAGUUACUAGAUGGUCAAAGAGCGAGAGCUUAAUAAAUAUAACCUUCCAUAAAUAUUGUUUAGUUAAAUAACGUCUUAUAAAAAUGAUAUUUUGCAGAUAUUACUUAAUUUGGUCAAUGGGGAAAUAGUCUUUUAGCAAGGGUGCCACACAGUUUAGUUUGGUUGUUGAGAGUAAAGAGACUAAAAAUUCCAUAAAUAUUUUUAUAAAAAUCUCUUUUACAUUAGUUAUCACUGCUGUUACUGGGGUACUGAGUUCAAAUCCCACCCUGUGUGCUGUCUUUGUGGAGUUUGCACUUAUCCCUUUGUACACAUCAGUUUUCUUUGGGAACUGCUUGUAGGUUGAUUAGCAAGUAUGACUGUAGGUAUGUGACUUAAUGUCACUUUGAUGGGCUGGAUACCUGUCCGGGUUUUGCUCCAGCCUUAUGCUCAAUGCACCUCCCAACCAAUUGGGUGUUUAAAUAAUGGACUGAAAAGAUUUAAUGAAUAUUUCUUCAUACAUUCAUUAUGCAACAAAACUGUAAAAUAGCCUCAAAUCAGCUUGACAUGCACAUAAUAUGUAUUAUCAUAAUAA